UAUAGCCUAAGGAAGUGAGGCCGCCUGCUGGUAGGCGGAAGUGACGUUUGCCCGGUGCCUACUAUCCGAGCCGUUGCACAAGAUGGCGCCUCUGGACCUGGAUAAAUAUGUGGAGAUCGCGCGGCAGUGCAAGUACCUCCCAGAAAACGACCUCAAGAGAUUGUGCGAUUACGUCUGCGAUCUUCUGCUGGAGGAAUCAAAUGUACAGCCAGUAUCUACACCGGUCACUGUGUGUGGGGAUAUACAUGGACAGUUCUAUGAUCUGUGUGAGCUCUUCAGGACAGGUGGUCAGGUCCCUGAUACCAACUACAUAUUUAUGGGGGAUUUUGUAGACAGAGGGUAUUACAGCCUGGAGACGUUCACCUAUCUCCUCGCCCUGAAAGCCAAGUGGCCUGACCGCAUUACUCUGUUGCGAGGGAACCACGAGAGCAGACAGAUUACUCAAGUGUACGGAUUUUAUGAUGAGUGCCAAACAAAGUACGGAAAUGCCAAUGCUUGGCGGUACUGUACCAAAGUGUUCGAUAUGCUGACAGUGGCAGCUCUGAUAGAUGAGCAGAUACUGUGUGUUCACGGUGGACUCUCGCCUGAUAUAAAGACACUGGACCAAAUCAGAACCAUAGAACGUAACCAGGAAAUCCCCCAUAAAGGAGCAUUCUGUGAUCUGGUGUGGUCAGACCCAGAAGAUGUGGACACUUGGGCAAUCAGCCCCAGAGGGGCGGGCUGGCUUUUUGGCGCAAAGGUUACCAAUGAGUUUGUUCAUAUCAACAACCUAAAGCUGAUUUGCCGGGCGCACCAGCUGGUGCAUGAAGGCUACAAAUUCAUGUUUGAUGAAAAACUUGUGACGGUCUGGUCCGCUCCAAACUACUGCUACCGAUGCGGUAACAUUGCCUCCAUCAUGGUCUUCAAAGAUGUGAACACCCGAGAACCAAAACUGUUUCGAGCGGUUCCUGAUUCAGAGCGUGUUAUCCCCCCCAGAACCACUACGCCGUACUUCCUCUGAAGUCCCCCCCACCCUUCUAUAUUGUACUGUGCUCUUUCAUUUUUCUUUUUUAAGCACUUUGCUGCUGAAAUGCUGCAUCUUGCCUUUUUUUGUUUCUUUUUAAAUUAUCAAAUAUAUAUAUAUAUAUAUUCUAUUCUUUAUUGACCAUUAUAUUUCCAGAGACGUCUGCCAUAUACCUUUUUAUGCUGGAAUGUUUUGCAGACACCUGAAAUUAGAAAAAGAGAAGAAAAAAAAAGGAUAAAUAUAUUGUUCUAGUUAUAAUUGUGGAUUAUUUCCCCACAACCAGUAUCAUAGGCAUUAAAAAAAAAAUGUCAUAGUGACAAAUGAAAUUUGCCAUAUGAAUUAAAGGGCAUUUUUGCUUUUUAAUAUCCAUAAUUAACCCUUUGUUGCCAGAGAGAAUUGCACAUUGCUUAGCAUUGCAUUGCAUUCCUGACAGGAAGACAAAGGAUUAUUACAGUAGGGAAUGUAAUGUGUGUGUGUGUAUAGACAAUAACAUUGUUUCGUUUUCUGUUUUUUUAUUUUCUUUUUUUAUUUAUUUUUUAUAUAUUUCAACUCCCUUUCAUAGUUUCUUUUCCAUCUGUAACAUGCUAAUUUGCCAAGAGUGUAAACACUGGUCUGCACAUUUCACAAGUUGGUGAAGCUUCUGCUUGAUAUGGCUGCAGCACUUGGCAUGCUACAUUUGGUGUGGUUGUUAAAACAUAAGAAAAUAAUUGAUAGUUUUUUAAAGUUAUGUGUUUUUAAAAUUGUCUGUACACAUUUUUUCGUUCUCACACAGGCCUUUGGCAGUUUUAAUGUAUCGUAAAAGGCUGGUCUGUGUUAUCCAAGAGCCCUUUUAACCAAACAGCAGCUUAUUAGAGGGUUUAUUAGUCUACACCCCCUGGUUUAGAUUGGUGGUCAGAAGCCUGUUGUGAUAAUGGCAUCCUUUUGGUGAGUUUGGGAUCAAAUCUGGUCACCAAAUACUACCACUACCUGGAUACGAGGGAAGGGUUAUUUCCACGAUCAACUGCUGGUUUUAUAACUUUAAUUCUCAAAUAAUCCCAGCCAUGAGAUUUUAUACAGAUUUGUGUGUAUAUAUAGAUUCCUUCUUCACAAGACUGAAGUUUGCCGCCUUUGAUAGUAAUUUCCCAAUUCCCUUUUCAGUUUUUACACCUUGUCAUAUGAAAAUUAAGCAAGAAUUUCUCAUCUGCUUACCUUAAAGGGAUAUGAAACCCAAUUUUUUCCUUUCAUGAUUCAGCUAGAGCUUGCAACUUUAACCAACUUCCUUAUUUACCUAUCAAAUUUUCUUCGUUCUUUUGGUAUAUUUUGUUAAAAAGCAGGGACAUAUGCUUAGGUGCCGGCCUAUUUCUGGAGCACUAGAUAGCAGCACUGUUUCCUGCUAUGUAGCGCUCCAGAUGUCUACCUAGGGAUCUCUUUUACACAGAAUAUCAUGGGUACGAAGCAAAUUUGAUAAUAGAAGUUAAUUUUUUUUUUUUAUGCUAUGCUUUGUCUGAAUCACAAAAUAUUUUUUUGGGUUUCAUAUCCCUUUAAAACCUAGGCUUUCAUAUUUUAUGGUCUGGUAGGACAAGAAUUCAGCAGCAAAGUAAUUACAGUGCAGAUUGUAAAUGCCUUCUGUUGUGAGUGUUAAAUCUCAAUUACCCUACGUACAAUAUUGUUAUAAAGCAAAUUUAUGAAUGCAAAAAUAUAAUGAAAAAUAUCAAGAGCUGCACUUUUUUUUUUUAAUAUAGUUAAUUUGUGGGAAAAAUGCAGCUUUUGAAUUUGUACAUUGAAAAAAUAAUUGUACUGAUCUUAGUUUUUCCCUUCAAGAUAUCUUGUAUUUUAAUAAAGUAAUUUAAAAAAACAAAACAAAUUACAGGUUAAAUAUUGGGAACAA